AUGGCGCCACGAUCAAAGCUCCAUCAAUAUACAAAAAUCUUCCGGGAGCACCCAGUCCAGAUCUUUGUGGGAAGUAGCAAGAAGCCCUACUUUGUUCACCCUGGAGCUUUGUCAUGGUGCAACACAUCAGCAUUGAAUGCCCGAAUUAACGGACCAUGGAGGGAGAACGGGGCCAAUGAACCAAUCGACUGGACCGACUUUGACGAGCGGACUGUGGAAUGCGUUUUAAGCUAUCUUUACACGCAGGACUAUCAUGUACCCAGCUCUGAGUCUGAGCCAAACAGUAUAUGUGAGAACGCUGACGGUGCCAGUGCCACUAUCGGGGUCGAAUCUUUAGCCAAUGAUGCAGAAUCCUCCACCUCUAGCCCUGUACUGGCUGACGAACUAGAAUUUAACAGACCGUUAACUCCCCUGAGCCGGUGUCUCCGAGUCGGUCUACCGCCAGAGACUAUUCAAACUGCCGCAGGCGGUUUGACCCAGCGAACACUUCAAGACUGUGAUAAUAACCUUGCCGAAGAAAUUCUGAUCCACGCCAAAGUGUAUUGUUUUGCACAUCGCUUUCUCAUCUCUGAUCUUGAGACCUUUGCUCUGCAACGUCUUACUCAAGUUCUCCUGACUAUCGAUGCACGGAAUGACACACUGUUUCCGUACCUCGCAGAUGCUAUCCGCUUCGUUUACGAUUCGACCCCCAGCGCACAGCUACAGGACAAUCAAGCUCGGAAAUUGCUAUCUCAAUAUGUUGGGCUGAAGUAUACUAUACUUGCAAACAAAAACCUCACGCAGCUCUUAGAGGAAGGGGGAGAAUUCAUGACCGAUUUGUCGCACAAGCUAAGUAGACGACUUGCUGUGAGUGAAACUGGUGCCCAGUCUUUGGAGGAACAGAUAGAUGAGCUUCAGACAAGGCUCAAUGAGUUGGAGGCUAGCUAUCAGGACAAAGAAAGCCAACUACAGAGCGCCAGAGGCGAACUGGCGGAGUGGGAGAGCUCGAAUCGUGGAAUAUCUGGGAAGUAUAGGAAAGCAAGGAGAAAUGGUGGAUGA